UAAAGCUGUGUUGGCUGCUCUCCCUCACUGUUCAUUGUUUGUGUGUGUGUGUGUGUGUGUGUGUGUGAGUGAUAUGUAGCUGUGUGCAUCGGUGUGUGAGUAUGUGGUGGUUCCGGAGAGGUCUGUCUGUCCUGCCCGUGGUUUUGAUCUCUUGGUCGUGUGGGACGCUGGUUCUGACCUACACCAUGUCCGUCUUGCUGGACCACACUGACCUGCUGCUGCCGUACAUCAGUGAUACGGGCACUGAGGUUCCAGAGCGCUGUGUCUUCGGGUUCAUGCUCUGCAUCUCAGCGUUUCUCGGUGUGUGUACGGUGUAUGUGCGCUAUAAGCAGGUCCAGGCUCUGAUCUCAGCGUUCACUGAGUUCAGUCUGCAGACGCUCAACUAUGUGGGAUUUCUGCUCGGAGUGUUCAGCUCUGUGGGGAUUUGUGUGGUCGCCAACUUUCAGAAAACAGAUAUGAUGUCUAUGCAUCUGUUUGGGGCGGGGAUGACCUUUGGCCCCGGAGCACUUUACAUCCUCGUGCAGACGGGACUGUCGUACCGCAUGCAGCCACGUUUCCAUGGCACCGACAUCCUGUGGGCGCGCACAGCUAUCGGGGUUUGGUGCCUCAUCAGCAUCAUCAUCUUGUUCGUGUCGUCUUUGAUGAUGUAUGAUGAGAUGCCUGGAGUGGAGGUGGCCACGAAGCUACACUGGAGUCCCGGAGAGAAAGGUUACCUGGCUCACCAGGUGAGUGCGGGGGCAGAGUGGUCCCUGGGCUUGUCCUUCAUCUGUUUCUUCUUCACCUACAUUCGAGACUUCCAGAAAAUUUCUCUGCGAGUUCAGCCGAUUCUGCAGUGUAAUCACCUGUAUAGCUACCCCCUGUAUGAGGACAGAGAGCCCAUCCACCACGGAGAACACUCACCACUGCUGGCGGGGAACAUCUGACCACACACACAGCCCCUAGUGACGUGGAUGAAGGAGUGCAAUCAGCAUUGGACGUUUACUCACCAUGAGGAAAUGCUGCAGUCUGAUAAAACAUCUCUCAGGAAGUAACAGUACAGCACUAGUCAAGUGUGGACACGCCUGCUCUGAACGGAGAUGUGCUUACUUACGUUAUCGUUUUCCUGGAAAGUCUUUCCUUAAUUUAGCAUUUUACUUUUUUCCAAAAGGGUUUUUUCUUUAUUUCUUUGUUUCUUUAUUUCUUUGUCCUUUGUUUUCCGAAUGAAUCUUCACAUGAUUGUUUUCCAGCCUCUCUUUGUGCCUCGCAGGUAAACAAAGCUGUCACUGUGCCUUUAAGAGUGACAUAUGUAAAUGAGCUCUGUUCUGAUUAUCUGAUAUUGUACCUC